AUGGCAAAACCAACAAAGCGCGGUUUUCCCACACAAACAGAGUCCGACGUGGAUAGAGAUGAAAGAAAGAAAAUCCGCAACCGCCUCUCACAAAGAGCAUUUCGCCGGAGGCGAGCAGAACACCUGAGGGAGCUUGAGAGUCGCGCAAAUGCCUCGGACCAGCCGGAUGGUGAUAGAGUUGUGGUUCUAGAGCAGGAAAAUAGGCGAUUGCGAGCACACAUCACCCAGCUUCAAUCGCAGCUUGAAAGCAUACAAGCGACAAUUCAGCUCAUGACCAAGUCGUCGACUCUUCUUCUCGAUGCCACUGACCCUUCCAGCAAUGAAGGGUUGGAGAUUGAGCAAGUUCGAACACAAACUCAAGGCAAACAGGCCCCGAGCAAUAUAGCUAGCACUUCUCAGGAAAUUUUGGGGACACCUGCUACUCCAAAUAACAAUCACCAAAACGCUAGCAGCAACUUUUCGCUCAUUCGUGGAAGCAAUCCGGGGAGAUUCUCACCUUCUUUUGGUAGCCACAAUGUGGAAGCAGGACUUGAUGGGUUUGCCGAGUCGCUCGGCCCAAUUCAACUUGACUCUCUCCCGCUCACACGAAUGCCUGAGUUCUGGGGGCUUAGCCACCAGAUGGGACCGCAAGCGUAUGCGAAUGCUCUAGAAUUAAGCUUGCCAUCGCCGUCUAGUGCUUUGGUUGGUUUGAAUUGCGUCGAGUCUAACUCGCCGUUCUCGGAUCACAUUCAACUCCUCAAGAAGCUGUUGAAAACGAAAUUAAAGCAACCACAUCGUAUGGAUAGAGCCUUUUGUCAAACAUUAUACCAAUCGGUAUCCAGUGUCUUAGCCAUGUUCAAUAGCAUCACACGCCCAGAUGUCAUGAACUGGUAUGCGAAGACGCGCUUCUUCCAUAUCGUCGAGCUCACUGCCUGGCAAAUCUUCCCCUCGCCCGUGACUUUCUCCCGCCUGAGCGAGCGGUAUAAGCCAACCAGAUCACAGCUCGCACUCCAAGGUCAAUACCCAUGCGUGGUAGACUGGAUCCCAUUUGCGUCAAUCCGAGACCGGGUUAUUCAACUUCACGCCGCGAACCCAUGCAUUGACCAGAUAUUCUGCGAUGCCGUGAGCGCGUACGUGGUUGAGUCUACCAUGUCGGAGCUGAUCAUGGGCACGUCUCCUAUCAAAGUCUACGUUCGAGUUACAGACUUGAUUGCAAGCAUGUCGCCCGACCAGACUCGGGAAGAGAGACUGGGCAUCGACAGCGUACAGCUCCCUGCUCCUGACUUGAGGACGCUCUUCUCGUCGCCCAAGUACGCACAGUUGGCAUUCGAAUAUCUUCGGAUGGACUGUGGUGCGCAAGAGUACAAAAUUGACCCAAUAUUCUUUGGGAAAUACCCUGAGCUGUGUGAUCCAUCCGACGAUAUCCUUGCUACUGGUGUGCCGCUCAGGCCAGAGAGCCAGAUAACGCUCACCAGCCCGAGACACCUUGACCCCAUGACCAUGACGAUAUACAGCAGUUUUAUUAAUUUCUCGUUCGAUGCAGUCAAAGCUUUUUCAAAUCACACUACAACCAGACGGAAUCACAAUGUUCUGGUGUCGGGCUAA